AUGGCUCUGAACAAUGAGGUACCCCUUAUUCCAGCCGUUCAGCGUGCACUGGCAAUUCCCGAGAUCCUGAACCACAUUUUCGAGUGCCUCUAUCACUACCGCCCAGCCACGUGUAGUUGGGGUGGCCGUUCACUCCUUUCUUGCGCCCUUGUCAACAAAUUAUGGUUCUCGGAGGCAAUCCGAUGGCUCUGGCAAGACCCCAGACCCCCUCUUCACCGAGAAGGUAGUCAUGAUGAUUUUUUGGACGUGCUUGGCAAAAUCCCAGAAGCACGCCGAAAUAUAUAUGCAAGAUACAUCAAGCGUGCUACACUAUUAUACUUUCAACGCAAACCCGACGGCCUAGACGGUGUCCAGUUCCCAAGUUUACGUUGCGUACAUAUCUGGAGGACAAUGGACCUUUCUGAUUUCGAGGAGAUCAAGUUCCCGAAUAAUUGCGUUCGGUCCAUCUGUUAUUUCACACCUUGUCCUUCAGACACUGAAAUCGAGGAGCACGCCACAGCUUCUUUUGAGAAGCUUCUUACUCCUCUCCUGUCGCACUUCAAUCAUCUGAGAGAGUGGGUCAUUCUUUCAGGUAGAAGCAUGGACACAUUGCAAUAUUUCAAAUUCACACCAGACACCGAAGGACAGGGCUGGCACCGGUCAGAACAUGGCCGUGUAAGAGUUCCGCCUAACCAGGGCGUCUAG